AUGCCUACCAGUAGCAACGAGAACGUCUCUGCAAUUGAUCGUAUGGCCCAAGCGAUGGAGCGAAUGGCUGAGUUCAUGAUGGCUCGGCAAACCCAGAACCAGAACCAAGGACAACCACGAGUCGAUUAUGCGAAGGCGAUAGCAAGCCGACAACCACCACACUAUGCGGGAGAAAAAGAUCAGGUUAUUUUAGAGGAGUGGAUCCGGACGUUUGACAAACUGCUCAAUGUAGUGGAUUGCCCUGCAAAUCAACGAGUACCUUCCGCGGUCUAUUAUUUAACGAAAGCUGCAGACAACUGGUGGACAUCAGAAGGACCUGAUCUUCUACAAGACCCAGAGUUUGGUUGGGAAGAAUUCAAGGAGGAACUGAGGGGACAGUUCUACACCGAGCGUAUUAGAGGGAUUAAAUGCGAGGAAUUUCUACGGCUAAAACAGAAGGGAGCAACAAUCGAAGAAUAUCAUGACCAGUACGUGGAACUAAUGUGUUUCGCUCAGGAGAUUGUACCUAAUGAAGCAAGUAAGGCACGAAGGUUUGUUCGAGGAUUGGACUGGGAUGUAAGGAGGGCGAUUGCGCCAUUCAUGUGCUCUACCUUGAAGGAGGCGUACGAUAGAGCCUCGGACCAUUACCAGGUGUACCUAGAUCAACAAGAAGUUUAUGGCCGAAAUAAAAGAAAGGCUGAUGACAAGUCACAGAAAUCCGCACUGGGAAACAAGAGAGUGAACCAAGGUGGCUGCAACCUAAUAUCAGGAAGAGGAAGGGAAAGAAUUAACGAAGGAAACCGUUUUACUUGUUCAAGAUGUGGAAGGAAUCAUCCAGGAGUGAAUUGCCAAGGAGCGAGGAUUAAGUUGCUUCACAUGCGGUCUUUCUGGGCACAAGUCCUUUGA